AUGCGCCUCUGCCUCCUCCUCUCCACCCUCAUAGCAUCCGCCUCCGCCUCGCGCCUAUGGGCAACUCACUACAAUGGCCACGUCUACACCCUGGAUCUCGCCGGCAAUAACACCCUCUCCGUCACCGAUAAGCUCAAGACCUGUGGCGGCAUGCCGAGCUGGCUGACCUUCGACGCCGCGACGCGCACGCUGUACUGCUCCGACGAGGACGGAUCGGCCGAUCCGUCGACGCACGGGUCCCUGACGGCGCUGCAUGCGGCGCCCGAUGGCAAGCUGCGCGAGAUGGUGAAGACCGAGGCUGUGGGGGGUGGGGUGAGUAGUGCGAUUUAUGGGGGAAAGGGCAAGGGGAAGGGGAAGAAGUAUCUUGCGAUUGCGCAUUAUGGCGGAUCCGCCAUCUCAACCUUCUCCCUCCCCCUCCACCCAAACCAGCGCGCCCUCCAAGCCUUCCACUUCAACCUCACGCAUGCCGGCGCAGUCGCGCAACAAGACGCAUCUCAUCCACACGAGGUGUUCCUCGACCCGACCGGCUCGUUCAUCGUCAGCCCGGACCUCGGCGCAGACCUACUGCGCGUGUACGCCAUCGACACGUCGUCGGGCCGACUGCACGGCUGCCCGAGCGUGAACGUGACAUUCGGCAGCGGACCGCGCCAUGGCGUUUUCUGGAGUGACAGUGACGGCAAAACCGGCAACAAUGGGGCUUCGCACAACCAGCAGCCAUCGCGCCGGACAACCACAACAACAACCAUAGAGUCUGGCAAGACCCUACUGUACGUAGCCAACGAGAUCGGAGGCACGGUAAUGGUCUACGACGUGUCCUACCCGCAAUCCGGCUGUCUCUCCUUUGCAAAGAAGCAGACGCUUGUCCCCUACACGCACGGCAAGAUGCCGCACGGCGCGACGCCAGCGGGCAUCCAUAUCGUCGGCGAUGCGCUGUACGUCUCUAUCCGCAGCGACCAGGGCUUCGCGCCGAGCGACUCGAUGGUGACCCUGGACCGCAGCGCGCGCAAUGGGAGUGUGGCACUGCGGACGCGGACGCCGGCGUAUGGCAAGGUGCCGCGCACGUUUGCGCUGAACCGGGCUGGGGACCUUGUUGCGAUUGGGAAUCAGGCGUCGGCGACGGUGGCGGUUGUGCGGCGGGAUCGCCGGACUGGGGAGUUGGGGGAGAAGGUUGCUGUUGUGCAGGUUGGGGGGCCUGGGAAGGUGGGUGCUGCGGAGGGGUUGAGUAGUGUUAUCUGGGAGGAGUGA